ACUAAGACAAGAAACACACUUUCGGUGUUUUUCUGAGUCAGCUGAUUUUGUGCAAAACCAAAUAAAAAAAACUUCGUCUGAAACUUGCUUAUUUUUGUAUGGAAUGAUUCUUUCUACACUUGUUCAGCUCUAUUUAAACCAUUACCCAAGUUUCUUUAUCCUGUAUCUUCUGUAAACCCUUUGACUAUUAGUAGCUGUACAGUGGAAGAACCAAAGAAAAAGUCUCGUUGGGGUUUGGAUUGGAGAAGACGGAUUGAUGGAUUCUCAAGUAUUGGUUGCUCUUGGACUCUCACUCAUAGGUGGCUUAAGUACAUCCAUAGGUGCACUGUUUGUGGUUGUGAAUCAGGCUCCAAAUGUGAAGAUGCUUGGGCUUUUACAGGGUUUUGCUGCAGGUCUUAUGUUGAGCAUAUCAUUCCUGGAUUUGGCCCAUAAUGCUAUGAACUCUAUUGGUUUCUUAAGGGGAAACCUCUGGUUCUUUGCAGGUGUAAUAUUCUUUGCAAUUGUUUCUGGUUUCAUCCCAGAACCUACACUUGCUCCAAGUUCAGAUGUGAAAAGCAGUAAGAAAAAUGGGGAUGAAGGGGGCAAGGAUAUAAUGAAAAAGCACCGACGCCAAGUCUUGUUUAGUGGCAUUGUUACAGCAAUAGGAAUUAGCUUGCACAAUUUUCCAGAGGGAAUGGCAGUCUUUCUUGGAUCAAUCAAGGGUCUUCGAGUUGGUCUAAAUCUGGCUCUUGCUAUUGCAUUGCACAAUAUUCCGGAGGGUGUUGCAGUUGCACUUCCAGUUUAUUUUGCAACACAUAGCAAAUGGAAGGCAUUCAAACUGGCUACUCUUUCUGGCUUCGCAGAGCCUCUUGGUGUAAUUAUUGUAGCUUACUUAUUCCCUAGCAGCUUAAAUCCUGAAGUUUUGGAGGGUCUUCUUGGAUCAGUAGGGGGAGUGAUGGCCUUUCUUACCUUGCAUGAGAUGCUGCCUUUGGCAUUUGACUAUGCAGGGCAAAAGCAAGCUGUUAAAGCUGUGUUCUUUGGGAUGGCGUUCAUGUCUGCCAGCCUGUAUUUUCUUGAGAUCAGCUUGCCAAAAGACAUGAGUUUGUAGCAGUUCAUGUGUAAACUUUGUCAGCUCUUUCACAACACUUUCUAUACUAAGUUGUUGGCAGAGGAGGCCCCUUUAACAGUAUAAUGACAUAAACUGGAUUAUUGGGAAUACGGCACACAAUUGCUGAAUUGCUGUUGCACAUAAUAUGAAGUGUUUUGCGGAGAACGUUUGGACCGUAAGAGAGUAGCGGCACUGUAGGGAAUUGUGCUUCAUUGAUCACUGUUUAUUCGAAUGCUUGUACAAGCGAGUACAAUGCCCUGAAAUAACUAGUGCAUAUCUCGAUCAACUUUGCUCUGCUUAUGAGAGCCUUAGAUGUACGUUCAGGAGAUUUACCUGGAAUCAAUUGUUCCCCAUAAUAGACAUGGAACGGAAAGUGUAUUUAGCCUCGUCUUAUUUCUGCAUUUUCCAGGUAGUUCGCAUUGAUUAUUUUAGCUGAUUUAGAUUUCAUUUUGAAUCA